CACUCUUCAGCCUAUAUGAAAAAGGAAAAUCAGAGAACUGAGAAAGUACCCAAAAUAAAAACCAACGCGACCGCUCAAGGCCGACUGCGGGGGAAGAGCGCGCGGAGCCCUCCAGGCCACCGUGGUCUUCCGCUCCCAGGGUCCCCGGCGGCGGAAGUCGUCACCCUCAGAGGGACGCAGCCCACGCCGGCACCCCACAGCGGCCUCGCUAUGGCGAUGGACCGAAGCAGUGGCGUCCCGGAGCAGGAGGACUCGGUGCUGUUCCGGCGCGGCACAGGCCAGAGUGAUGAUUCUGACAUAUGGGAUGAUACAGCAUUGAUAAAAGCUUAUGAUAAAGCUGUGGCUUCAUUUAAGCAUGCUCUAAAGAAUGGUGACAUUACCGAAACUUCAGAUAAACCAAAAGGCACGCCGAAAAGAAAGCCUGCUAAGAAGAAUAAAAACCAAAAAAAGAAUACCACAACUCCCUUGAAGCAGUGGAAAGUUGGUGACAGAUGUUCUGCCAUUUGGUCAGAAGAUGGCUGCAUUUACCCAGCUACAAUUGCUUCAGUUGAUUUUAAGAGAGAAACCUGCAUUGUGAUUUACACUGGAUAUGGAAAUACAGAAGAGCAAAACAUGUCUGAUCUACUUUCCCCAUCCUCUGAAGCAACUAACAGUGUAGAACAGAGUGCUCAGGAGAAUGAAAAUGAAAGUCAAAUUUCAACAGAUGAAAGUGAGAACUCCUCCAGGUCUCCUGGCAAUAAACCAAAUAACAUCAACUCAAAAGCUGCUCCAUGGAACUCUUUUCUCCCUCCACCACUCCACAUGCCAGGAUCAGGAUUGGGACCAGGAAAGCCAGGUCUGAAAUUCAGUGGUCCACCACCACCACCACCACCACCACCACCACCACACCUCCUAUCGUGCUGGCUGCCUCCAUUUCCUUCUGGACCACCAAUAAUUCCCCCACCACCUCCCAUAUGUCCAGAUUCUCUUGAUGAUGCUGAUGCUUUGGGAAGCAUGUUAAUCUCUUGGUACAUGAGUGGCUAUCAUACUGGUUACUAUAUGGGUUUCAAACAAAAUCAAAAAGAAGGAAGGUGCUCACAUUUCAAUUAAGGAGUAAUUCAUAUAUUGUGCUUUAAUAGAAACACACACAAAACGAGGCUAUACCUGGAUCGGUUGAUAAAAAUGUGACCAAAGGUUUGCAGGAACCCAGCCCCAAGUAUAGGAGAAAUGAUUCAGGCAUCACAACAAAUUCAGUGUUUGCGGCAACUUUUUAGAAUAUAACUGCCAUGAAUAAUGAGAAUCGACUCUUUCAAGUCAUUUUACAAGCAUUUUGCAGAAUAAGGAGAUUGUGAAAAUAAAUUUGUUAGCAAUUCUAAUAAUAAUUCAAAGACGGCAAGCCCAUAUUUUAUUGCAUAUUUUCCCAGUUUUGAAUGUGUGUCUGUGAGAGAAUGCAUAUAUGUAUCUCCAAAAUGGACAUUUUUUGAAUGCAACUGAAUGUUCACCAUUAUGUAUGAAGCUGGAAUGUAUUUAUCUUUCAAAUUCUGAUUCUAGAGCUUAAAUGCAUAUCUACUAUGUUCUAGUUUAUCAUUCCUUCAAUUCUUUUAAUAUACUUGCUUCAUCAAAACAGUGCUUUUGAAAACUUCACGGCUUAUCACUUUGUUGAAUAGACAAAUGAUAGGUCUCUUCUUUGUUGCAUUACAGCAAAAUAUUUCAUUUUCACAUUUAUAAACACCAAUUCGAAUAAAAAUAUUUUUUUCAUUUCUACAUCAUCUGUUAACUUCCAGUUACUUUGUAUGCACAUCUGUCUUCCACAUUUGUCCACUUACACUCUACCGUGUAAAUUUUGAUGCACAAGCAUCAUAAAAAAUGAACACUGCCUCAUGUCUUUUUAGCAAAACGGAUGGUUCAGGUUUUUAUCACAAAAUCUUACAUGAUGAAAUCCUUCAUGUUGAAGUACUAACUGAAUGAUAGUACUACAUUACCUCU